AUGGAUUCCACAGCUCUUCAAUAUGAAAACCAAAAGUUGGUGCAACAACUGGAGGCACAGAAGUCUGAAAUGCAUGCAUUGGAGCGCAAGUUCAAGGAGCUGAGAGAUGAGCAAUGUUCUUAUGACAAGACUCUGAUUUCUUUGAAUAAACUGUGGAAUCAGCUGAUUGAUGAUUUGGUUCUGCUUGGAGUACGGGCUGGUGGGGAUUUGGAUAAUCUGCAAGCACUUGACCAUGAAGAGUUAUCAGAAGAAUCUUUGGAGUCGUGUCCUUCUGAGGAGAUAUUUCUCUUAAGGCUCUUGAAGUCAAUCAACGUCAGAGAUAAUAAUGACACUAGCUUGUUGGAAUUUGUUGAAGAAGCUCUUGCUUUUCGGUGUUCGGCCACUGUUACUCUGAUGAAGUCCCUGCAAGAGACUAUUUCUUCACAGCAAGCUAGAAAUGUUAUUGUUGCCCUUCGAAAUCAUAAUGAUUGCUUGAAAGAGGUGGCUGAGAAUGCGAGUCAAGCUAUCUCUAUUAUCAACGAGAAGCACAAAAGGUAUCUUGAUGAGAUUGAGGUUUUUAAAAGCAACCAUUCAAGUGAGCUACAGGAAAUCAAGCGUAUUUCAGGUGAGCUAGAGGAAAGCACUGCAGAGCUUGAGGAAAGUCGAAGGAAGUUGGUUGUGCUCCAGUUGCAGAGGCAUGGUUCUGUAAUGGAUGCAUCCGGGGCAAAUGCUGUGAAUGGUGGUAUUUCUACUCAUAAAUCUUCAGAUAAAAGUAUGAGCUGGCAAGACCUCAAAGAUGCUGUUGAUGCAGCUAAGACCCUCGCAGGAAACCGUCUAUUAGAACUCCAUCAGACUCAAGAGGAUAAUCUGAUACUAUCCAAGGAGCUGGGAGAUCUUGAGGGGCAAUUGAAAGAUGAGAAGUAUGUCUUGGUAUCCAAACCGUACAUGAUUCUUAAUGAUAAACUACAGCAUCUGAAUGCUGAGAUAGAGCGUUAUAGAGGGUUGGUUGAAGUUUUACAGAAUGACAAGGACCAGCUCAUGCAAAGGGAGAAAGAAAUCUGUGCAAAAUCAGAAUCAGUCGACAGUAUUAAACAAACCAUUACCACAUAUGAGACCAAAAUUGAAGAACUGGAAACUCAAAUUCAGAUACUCUUUUCUGAAAAGAAUGAUCUUGAAACCAAGGUUGAGGAGACUUUGCAAGAUUCAGGUAAGAAAGACUUCAAGGAUGAGAUCCAUGUUAUGGCCGCAGCACUCUCCAAUGAACUGGGUAUGAUGGAGAAUCAGUUGAGCCGAUCAAAGGAUGCAGCUUCUGAAGCACUUGCAUUGCGUGAGCAAGCAGAAUCAUUAAGAUCAUUGGUAGCUAAAAAGAUUGAGGAACACAAGAAGAUAUCCGAUAAAUACAACUCACAAGUAAUUGAGAUCAAGUCCCUCAAGGCAUUGGUUGAGGAGUUGGAGCAGGAAAAGCAGGAGCUGGAGUUUAUUGCAGAUAUGUACGCGAAAGAAAGUCCUGAGUCAAGGAGAAUUGCUGAUAUUGAAGAAUCAGAAACCCGAGCUCGCAAUCAAGCUGAAUAUUUGAGGAGCAAUCUAGAGGAGCAUAGUCUUGAGCUUCGGGUUAAAGCAGCAAAUGAAGCUGAAGCUGCAUGCCAGCAAAGGCUUUCCUUUGCUGAAGUGGAACUAGAAGAGUUAAGGACCAAAGUAGAUGCAUCUGAAAGAGAUGUUGUGGAACUUAAGGAGGCGAUAAGAAUAAAAAAGGCUGAAGGAGAUGCCUAUAUUGCCGAUAUUGAGACAAUUGGUCAAGCAUAUGAAGACAUGCAAACACAAAAUCAGCAUCUUCUUCAACAGCUUACUGAUAGAGAUGACUUUAACAUAAAGCUAGUAUCAGAUAGUGUGAAGAUGAAACAAGCUUGUAGUUCCCUUCUCUCUGACAAGCUUAUGCUAGAGAAGCAACUCCAGCAAGUUAACACUUCACUGGAGUCAUCUAAACUGAAAAUUGCCCAUGGUGAAGAGCAGAUGAACACUUGUGUAGCGCAAUCUAUAAAAACUUCAGCUGAAAACAGGCAUCUUACUAUUAGCCUGGAAAGGAUUGCGCUGGAGGUAUCCAACACAGAUAAGUUACUCAAGUGGCUUCGGUCCUCUGUUGGAUCCUCUGAGAAAGAAUAUGAGCAAACUCAGCAAAAGAUAUCUGAGCUGAGAGCGUUGCUGGAGCAUGAGAGGAAUGAGAGGCGGCGGCUUGAAGAACAAUACGAAGAGGUGAAAAAUGAAGUUAUGGAGCUGACCUCUGAGACUGAAGAGACUACUAUCCAGAAACUUCAGGAUGAAAUAAAGGAAUGCAAGGCUAUUCUGAAGUGUGGUGUCUGCUUUGACCGGCCUAAAGAGGUUGUGAUCACCAAAUGUUUCCACCUAUUCUGCUCACCAUGCAUCCAGAGGAACCUUGAGAUUCGCCACCGGAAAUGUCCUGGCUGUGGAACCCCAUUCGGACAAAAUGACGUUAGGGAGGUGAAGAUAUGA